GAAAAAAGAUCACGUGGUCACUGAGUUUCUGAUUCAUUUCCAGGAAGGGGAAACUCCCAGUAGCUGAAAACUGAGAAAACGAAACUUAACUCGGGUCUUUGGCGCGAAGAAGCCAUGGCUGCUGCAGGGGGUCACAUCCAGAGUCUCCUUGAUGAAGCCACUUGCUCCAUCUGCCUGGAAUAUUUUAAGGAUCCUGUGAUCAUGGCAGAGUGUGGACACAACUUCUGCCGAUCCUGCCUGAUCCAGUGCUGGGGGGAAUCGGAGGCAGAGGCUUCCUGCCCUCAGUGCAGAGAAAGAGUUCAGAGAAGGAGCCUCAUCCCCAACCGGCAAUUGGCUAACAUGGUAGAAAUAACGAAGAAUCUCAGCCUUCAAGAGGGAAAGGAGGAAGGAGGGGGGAAAGGGAGAGUCUGCGAGAAGCACCAGGAGCCCCUGAAGCUCUUUUGCAAAGUCCACGAAGCCCCCAUCUGCGUGGUGUGUGACAAAUCAAAGGAACAUGAACAUCACAAGGUGAUUCCUCUGGAGGAGGCUUUCGAGGAAUACAAGGGACAUAUCUGUUGCUGCCUGGAGAUUCUGAGGAAAGAGAGAGAGGAAAUUCUGGCCUAUCAAGCAGACAUGGACAAGGAAAGCAAAGACCUCCUUAAAUUGACAGAAACAGAGAGGCUGAAGACUGUGCAGAAGUUCAAAGAACUGCACCAGUUCCUGGAAGAACAGGAAAAACAUCUGCUGAAUCACGUGGAAGAGGUGGAGAAUGAGAUUGCAGGGAGAAGGGAUGAGCAGCUGGCCAGACUCUCCAGGAAACUCUCCUCCCUUGAGAAGAUCAUCCAGGAGAUGGAGGAGACGCGUCAGCAGCCAGCAAGUGAACUCCUGCAGGAUGUGAGAAGCACCUUGCAGAGGUAUGAGAAAAGAGAGAGUCCAGAGAAGCCACUGCCUUUCCCCCCAGGCUUGAGGAAGAGGAUCUUGGAAUCCUGUGAUGUAAAUCACCUUGUGGAGCAUACAAUGAGACAUUGGAAUGAUGCUGUGUUAUACAGAAAACAGAAAGCAAAUGUGACUCUGGAUCCAGACACAGCCCAUCCUGGCCUCAUCCUGUCUGAGGAUCAGAAAAGCGUGAGAUGGGGAGACAAAAAGCAAGACCUGCCUGACAAUCCUGAGAGAUUCAAUGACCGGCCUUGUGUGUUGGGACGCGAGGGAUUCACAGCAGGCAGACAUUUCUGGGAAGUCAAUGUGGAAAGUGGGGAAUGGUGGGCUUUGGGGGUUGCCAGGAAGUCUGUGAGGAGAAAGGGCCGCUUCUCCUUUAGGCCUGAGGAGGGGAUCUGGGUUGUGGAGAAGUCUGGAGGCAAGUACUCGGCCUGCACCUCCCCUGAUGACUCUCCUCUGUCCCUGAGUGAGAAGCCCAGGAGGAUCUGUGUGACCGUGGUCUAUGAAGGGGGACGUGUGUCUUUUUCUGACGCUGACUCAGGAGCCGAACUCUACACGUUCUCAGGAGCCUCAUUCUCUGGAGAGACCAUCCUCCCUUUCUUUCAUCUGUGGAGGAAUAAAACCCCCCUGAGUAUCUCCUGAGGAGACUAAAUCUGCCUCUCAGGCUCUGCAGGAGUUUCUCUCCAGACCAGAGUGACUAAUAUAAAAAACAUUUACCCAGCAAGAGCACGUUGGGCAGUUUUUCAAGGGCCCUUUGAGAAGAUUCAUUCCAGUCAAAAUCAGCAGAAAUAACAAAAUAAAAAUUGGUUGUUGUGGCUUUGCAUUUUCCUUCCUUUUCCCAUAAUUCCCUCUGCCUCUUACUUCUUAAAGAGACAGUAAUACUUUUAACAGUCCCAAUAAAUAAUAUUUUCCUCACCUUUGGCCGAGCACAAGACUUUUAAUCCCAGGGUUGUGGGUUUGAGCCCCACGUUGGGCAAAAAAAUUCCUGCACUGCAGGGGGUGGGACUAGAUGACCCUCAGGACCCCUCGCAAUUCUGCGAUUCUAGGAAACCUUUCUCUCCCUUAUGCAGCUGUGAAAAUGCAUGCAUCAUUGGAUUAAUAGGGGACUAAAAAAUGAACCCCUUCACCCACAUCAGGCAGGAUAGCUCCUUGCUCUGGAGACCUUAGACAGGAAGAGAAUUUAAAAGAAAUUUAACAAGGUGUCAGCUUCAAAUAUCUUCUGCAAAUACAGCCUCGCCAUCUCUACACUUAGUCAGAAAUAAACCUCAUUGCAUUGA